AUGCCAACUAUUCCUGUAGACAAAGAAGACCUUUUCAAGUUAUUGGGUAGAUCAUAUACUACAGAAGAAUUCGACGAGUUAUGUUUCCAAUUUGGUAUUGAGUUAGAUGAGGAUACUACUGAAGAUGUCAAAGGCACAGACGAAAGACCACAAUUGAAAAUUGAAGUUCCUGCCAACAGAUACGAUAUGUUAUGUAUUGAGGGUAUUGCUCAAGCUUUAAAUGAAUUUUUAGGUAACACAUCAGCACCAAAUUACAAAUUGAGUCCUAGCAAACCAGAGAUUUCUUUGACUAUUAAAGAAUCAACCUACCCAAUUCGUCAAUAUGCUGCCAGUGCGAUUUUGAGAAACGUGAACCUUGAUGAAAGAGCCUAUGACUCUUUUAUUGCCUUACAAGAUAAAUUACAUGCAAAUUUAUGUCGUAACAGAACUUUAGUGGCUAUUGGUACUCAUGAUUUAGAUACUUUGACACCACCAUUUACCUAUGAAGCCUUGGCACCUAAAGAUAUUGUUUUCAAACCAUUAAAUCAAACUAAAGAAAUCAAUGGUGAAGAAUUAAUGGAGUUCUAUGAAAAAGAUAAGAAUAUUGGUAAGUUCUUGCAUAUUAUUAAGGAUUCGCCAGUUUAUCCUGUCAUGCUUGAUGCCAACAGAACAGUUGCUUCGCUCCCACCAAUCAUCAAUAGUGAUCACUCCAAAAUCACUUUAAACACCAAGAAUGUUUGGAUUGAUGUCACCGGUACUGAUAGAACCAAAACUGAAAUUGUUAUAAACCAAUUAGUGGCCAUGUUUUCACGUUAUUGUAAGGAACCUUUUGAAAUUGAACCAAUUCAAAUCAUUUCUGAACACAAUAAUGAAACUCGUGUAUGUCCAAAUAUCACUCCAAGAACAGCUAAGGCUGAGAUUUCAUACAUCAAUUCCUGUGUAGGAUUGGAUUACUCAGGUGAAGAAAUCUCAAAGUUGUUGAAAAAAAUGUCAUUAGAUGCUACCCCAUCUACUGAAGAGAGAGACAUACUCGAUGUGAAAAUCCCAAUAACAAGAUCUGAUAUCUUGCACCAAUGUGAUAUUAUGGAGGAUGUCGCUAUUGGGUACGGGUACGAUAAUUUGAAGAAGACCAAACCUAAGGCUGAAAGUUUAGUUGCUGCCCCAUUACCUGUAAAUAAAGUUGCUGAUAUUUUAAGGUUGGCAAGUUCUCAAGCUGGUUAUUUAGAAGUCAUGCCUUUGACUUUAUCUUCUCACGAUGAGAAUUUUGCUUGGUUGAAACAGAAGGAUGAUGGUACCAAAGCUGUUAAAUUGGAAAAUCCAAAGACAAUUGAAUACCAAGUUGUUAGAACUACUUUGUUACCUGGUAUUUUAAAAACCGUUAAAGAAAAUAGAAAACACUCGUUACCAAUCAAAGUAUUUGAAUGUGGUGAUAUUGUUUUGAAGAAUCCAGAAUUAGAAAGAGGUGCUUUUAACCAACGUAAUUGGGCUGCCUUAUACGUAGGUAAGACUUCUGGUUUCGAAAUGGUCCAAGGUUUAUUAGGAAAGAUCAUGCAAACCAUGAGAACUCCUUGGUUAGAAAAUCCUUCUAAAGAUCAAAGAAGAGGUUACUGGAUAGAAGAGGACAAAGAAAACACAACUUUCUUCCCAGGAAGAGGAGCCAAGAUUUAUUUCAGAAAUGCCGAUAAUGCUGAAGCCAAAGCUAUUGGAAGCAUUGGUGUUUUGCAUCCAGAAGUAAUGAAUAACUUUGACAUUCCUUAUGCAGCAUCGUCUGUUGAAAUAAACGCUGAAGUAUUUUUGUAA